AACAGCGCGCUAACCAUGCCCCGGGCCCUUUCUGUUGCAGGCGCGCUGGCGAGCGAGGAGCUGUCCAUGGAGCAGGCCGCGGCCGACAAGCAGCAGGCCAGCCCGGGAGAGGCCAACGCCGCCUCCACGACGCCAUCCUCCGGCGCCCUGCCCACCAAGGUCGAGGCGUGCGGCAGCCCGUCCGGGGUGGCCGACGAGGACCUCAGCAAUACGAGCCAGGGCAGCAUGUACCCCCAGCAGAGCAUCCGGUAUCGAGGCAUCUUCACCACGACGGGGUCCUCGCUGGGGCCUAUCGGGCCCAUGGCCAUCGGCCAGCAGGGCGGUCUCGGCGACCUGCCCUCGCCCAACCCCUGGCUGCUGCCCUCACCCGACAAGUCCCUGUUCCCACCCAUCUUCGGCAUCCUGGGCCAGCCACCGGCCUCGCCGCCCAACUACGCCACCAGCACCAGCCCCGGGCAGCAGCAACAGCAGCAGCAACAACAGCAGCAACAACAGCAACAGCAGCACUACGACGAGCGGCAGCAGCAGGUGGAGCUCCUGGGGCUCAGCAUUGAGCCCUGCAUGAAGCAGCCACCCAGCUACAGCAGCUGCUUGGAGCAGCAAGACUACUCGCGCCUGCCGCAGCCCAACAAGUACCAGUGGCUGGACUCGCCCGCGCAGGAUUAUGGCAUCAUGGGCAGCUCCACGCCCAGCGUCGUGCCCAAGCAGGAGCCCUUCAGCAGCGCGGCCGAGCCCCCGUCGGCCCAGCAGCAGCAGCAGUCCUACCCCACCAGCAGCAGCGCCAACAACAACCCCGUCAACCUGGCCGAGUACAACCCCUCCACCAGCAAGGGCCACGAGAUCCUGUCGCAGGUGUACCAGCAGUCACCGCUGCCCCUCAAGCUGGUGCCCGUCAAGCCCAGGAAGUACCCCAACAGGCCGAGUAAGACACCCGUCCACGAGCGGCCGUACGCCUGCCCGGUCGAGAACUGCGACCGGCGCUUCUCGAGGUCCGACGAGCUGACGCGGCACAUCAGAAUCCACACAGGCCAGAAGCCCUUCCAGUGCCGGAUCUGCAUGAGGUCCUUCAGCCGCUCCGACCACCUCACCACGCACAUCAGGACGCACACCGGCGAGAAGCCGUUCUCCUGUGACGUGUGCGGCCGAAAGUUCGCGCGCUCCGACGAGAAGAAGAGGCACGCCAAGGUACACCUCAAGCAGAGAAUGAAGAAGGAGAAGCUCAACAACCACCACCACCAACAGCAGCAACAGCAACACCAUCAGCAGCAGCAGCAACAACACAACCACCUCCACCACCACCAUCUACAUCAACAGCACCUUAUGGUGGACGAUAGUAUGAUACCUGUGGUGACAAGUGCGAUGUAAGCGUCGCCGCCGCUGUGGACCUGGGCAUAGAAUCCCACCCAGGAAAUCUCUUCUCCUUGCUGUGAUUUUCCUUUUUUGUACCCUGUAGUGAUGGUGUCUGAUACGUACGACUGACUGUGUUGUGUGUGUAAAAAAACUCCUUUAGUGUGUAAGUGUGCAAGUGUGAUGAUUGAUAAGUCAAGAAAUGGAGUGUUUUCUUUGGACAAUUUUGUUUUUAGGCGCGUUGGGGGCAGGCCUCCAGCCAAAGAUGGGGACCGCUAGGUCAGUUUAAUUGUUUUCGUUUUGUUAAAAAAAAAAUGCUUUUGUGCGAACAAAACUGUUUUGUUAUUAUUUUUAUGUCUAUUGUGAGCGUUGUGAAUUCGUACCACGGUAUUUUUGUUUUAUUACUUUUGUGUCCAUAAGAAAGACGCUAACCUACUCAAUACAUAUAACAUGCAAGCUUUAAUUAGGUAACUUACAGAGUGGUCGGAAGA